CUGUAAACAGGGGCGGGCUGUGUCGCUGCGGUGUGGCGGCUCCAACCGCUGCGCGAGACGGUGUCCCUGGGUGUCACCAGGGCGCACACCGAUAGGAACUUGCUUCCAUGUGCGUGUCAUGGCUUAAAAAUAGCUGCGAUCCACCUGCGCGCCAGGGCGGCGGCGCAGCGGCGGGGGCCGCGCGGGAGCCAUGGGCGCCGGACUGCGGGAGCCCGCAGGCCACCUCGGGAUCUGAGACCCUCGCGACCAGGAGGUAGAGACGUGUGGGCGAGGGGACAGGGAUAGGAGCGGGACAGGGACAUAGGGGCAUUGCCACGCGCCUCUCUGCGUCUCGCUUCUCCUCAGCGCCAGGCUGUCUGGGUAGUCACCGGGCUAAGGUGACAGCCAGGAACCUGUUACUACCGCGACAGCAGCCGGAGGGAGGGGGGCAGGGUCCAGAGCCUCUGGUGGCGGGUUAAUGGCAUUGGAGAAGGCCCUGGGGUGUUUUCCGGACUGAGCCCGGCUCCACCACGCCAGGAGGAGAAGUCCUGAGGACAGCUGCUCCCUGCUCGGCUUUCGGGCUUUCCUUCCAGCUCCUUACCUUUCAUCAUCACUAAGGCAGCAGAGUCUGUUCUGAGGAAGGCUGCUGGGGAGAAAGGAUGGGUUUUUGAGCCCCAGGAGGAGAGCUACCUGGUGACUGAGCCCACCAUCACUCAAGCCACCCUGCAGCGGACACGGUUCCUGCCGCCUUGAAGAUGUGCCCUGGGAACUGGCUCUGGGCCUCCAUGACUUUUAUGGCCCGCUUCUCCCGCAGCAGCUCACGAUCCCCUGUUCGUACUAGAGGGACCCUGGAGGAGAUGCCCACGGCCCACCAUCCCUUCCUCAACGUCUUUGAGCUGGAGAGGCUCCUCUACACAGGCAAGACAGCCUGUAACCAUGGCGACGAGGUCUGGCCAGGCCUCUACCUCGGAGACCAGGAUAUGGCCAACAACCGCCGUGAGCUUCGUCGCCUGGGCAUCACCCACGUCCUCAAUGCCUCGCACAGCAGGUGGAGAGGCACCCCUGAGGCCUACCAGGGACUAGGCAUCCGCUACCUGGGUGUGGAGGCCCAUGACUCACCCGCCUUUGACAUGAGUAUCCACUUUCAGACAGCCGCCGACUUCAUCCAUCGGGCGCUGAGCCAGCCAGGAGGGAAGAUCCUGGUUCACUGUGCUGUAGGAGUGAGCAGAUCGGCCACCCUGGUGCUGGCCUACCUCAUGCUGUACCACCGCUUCACCCUUGUGGAGGCCAUCAAAAAAGUCAAGGAUCACCGUGGCAUCAUCCCCAACCGGGGCUUCUUGAGGCAGCUUCUAGCCCUGGACCGGAGGCUGCGGCAGGGUCUAGAGGCAUGAUGGGAGGGGAAUCAGGCCAGGUUCCUGCGUGGUUUCCUGGCUCCCGGCUGGGAAGAGGAGACCCAGGAGGCAGGUAGUUAGAAAGGCCAUACACAACCCUUCCUACCCCAGUGGCAGGAGCGGGGAGGGCCCCAAGGCCACUGUGACUCUUUGUGGAAGGGGACGGAGAGCCAGGUUGGGCAGUGUGGCAGGUGGGGCCUGUUGACCCGGGAAGGAAGCAGCUGGGCUGUAAGAUGACUCUGUGAUGAAGACAGCACCAGAUUCCAGCAGGGCGUGCCCGACGACUCAGAAUCCCUUCCCCUCAUUGUGUUCAAGUGUUCCCCUCUCUCACUUUCCAAACAAAAGCACCGCAGCUGUGCAGGACCUGAGCAGUGCUGGGGGGGUGUCAGGGAUGCGGCAGCAGAACUGUGAAGGAAGAUGUACAGGUUGCAGAAAAGGAGUCGGGGACGGAGUGGUGCGAGAGCCACAACUCCAGGAAGAGAAGUGUGGGAGGACCGACAUGACACCCCAAGGGAGCUGCUCGGGGACACUGGUGGAAGACACCCGUGUCUUAGGUGGCCAUAUUCUCGCUGAAAACCAUUCAUCUGGAGCAAAAAAAUAAAGUCGUGAAAAAGA